GGAGGAUGCAAAGAUUGGCAGUAUUGUUACAUUUCUGAACCAUAAAAGCGAUAUUUAAUUAAAUAAGAUAUCAAGGUCUCUCUCUUAAAUUGGUAUGGAACAGCCAGAGGCAGAUGAGCAUAUAGCGCGUCUUAAUCAAGCUCGCGACAUUGUCAAGGAGGAUGAAAGCCUUUUUCCCGAAAUUGUAAAAAACAUUCUUUCUGUUGCAAACUAUUCUGAUUACAGGUAUAAAAAAUGGAUGUCGAGUUUUUUAUGGUUUGGGUUUUCUAGUAAAAAGGUCGACUUUGAUCAAAAAGUUGAAUUGGCUGUCGCUUGCUUGGAGACAAUAAAUACUCUUCUUUCUUUUGAUAAUAAAGAUGUGAAAAAGGACAUAAUCUUAUGCUCUUGUACACUGUAUCCACUCGUUUUCUUUCACUGUUGCAUAUUCCCGGACGACACUCAUUCUUGGGAAGCAAUAUCAAAAGUAAAGCAGGAAAUAUUUUCCCUAUUCGAUUCUUCUACCAAUCAUCUAAAAAUUGCAUGUGUUAAAUUUAUCUCUUCCGUCAUUCUAGCUCAGUCAUCCGGCAUUCGAGAUCCUCGUUUAGUUACAAAGUCUGAUGUAUCACUUUCCAAGGUCCCUACAAAUCACCCAUUUUUGAAUCCUACUUCUUUGAAGCAGGAAUCUUUCGACCUUCUUCAAAAACUGUUUACCGUGUUUUCGUCUAAGGCACCAAGCCCUCUUUUUAUUACGAGUGUGCUCAACGUGCUUCCAGUAAUCUCAAAAAGAAGAAAGGAGCUCGGUCCUUUCAUUGUUGAAAGCCUGUUGGAGUUUCAUUUACCUAGUCCCAAAGAAACUAGUGAAGAGCCCGGUACAUUGGACAAGCUUGCCCGUCGUUGUAUUGAAAAAAACUUGAGAAUAACUUUACUUCAUUUAGUUAAAAAUGCUGGAAUCUCUUCUUCGCUUAUAGAAAAAAUACAUGCAUAUCUUUCUGGUCAAAUCUAUCAAAGUAAAACAGAAGAGCAUGCAAAGAAGCGACAAGCUCCGGUACCAGAUUUCAUAUCUUCAAAACGUGCUAAGUCUACUGCAGUGCAGAGUUUAAUGGACAGGAUACAGCCUCGUGCUCUUGAAGAAGAUAAUGCCGCUUUAAACAACCCUUUAGUCAAUAUCUUUGCUUCACAAGCAGCCACGAAUCCAUUGGCUAGUUUUGAUGUGACGGCAAUUCCAGUAGAAGUCGUUACAGAGAUCGUACUGGCUUGUCUUCGUCAACUAGAUAAUGAUUACUUUCAUCAACAAAUUAAUAUGCUUCGUGAGCGAGUUCGUUCUUUAUCUGAGCCUGAGACGUUGGGGUUGGAUCAAGAAGUUGACGAAGAAGAAGAUGAUGACUAUGAGCCUCCUGAGGUUGAUGUUCAGACAAUUAAUGCAAGCGUCGAGCGGGAAGCGGCUAGAUUUGAAGGUGUCACUCCUUCGGCUGUCAAUAUAGAUACCUUUGAACUACCAACUCCGGAAACCCUCUCACCUAUGGCAAUUUUAGAGUACUUCCACAGUUCCUUGUCACGUCUUUUUGACUAUUCAUCUCAGUUUGAAAGAACUAUUGUUUCUUCUUCAAAUUUGCAAAAUCUUACAUUAGAGAAUGUAGAUAAUACUGUUUGGGAUAAACAUCAUUGGUCUCUUCUACUUCCCAGGUUGUGUACUCGUGGCUUGAGUAAUUAUCAACCUGUUAACUCUGACGAACAGCAAGGACAGAGCUCAUUUACUUUGUCUUCCUUCGUGCGAGGACAAUUAUUCACAUAUAUAGCUUCGAACUGGAGAGCUUGCACCAAUUUAACACUGAAUUGGCUUUCGGAGGAAUGGUAUAAUGACCGUCUUAUGAUGGAGAAUGAUACGAAUGAAGACAGCUUUGUCAAAUGGGAAGGGCCACAAUAUGAAAGAUGGGCUUUACGUGUAAUCGAUAGCGUACUUCCUUAUCUUGAAAUGAAAGACAAAGUGUUUAUGAUUUUUCUGUCAGAAUUGCCUGAGCUUACAGAUGCUAUGAUUGAAAAGAUAAAGUUUAUAUGUCUCGACCCUGACAAGUCGAAACUUGGUUUUAUGACUUUACAAUAUCUGAUUAAAUUUCGAUUACCGGCGAGAAACCAAUGCUUGGAUCUGUUACAAAAAAUGUGGUGGGAAAAUGAUGAUGUUCGCAAAUCUGCGCAAACUUUGUUGGAACGAUGGCGACCUGGUUUUGUCAAAUCAGCAUCCGAAGAAUUGUCUCAGUCUAAUUCGCAACCUGCAGACGGGGAAUCGAAAACCUCAGAGGAAGUUGGCGCUUAAUAAAAAUUAGCAAUCGUUCGGAUAAUGCGUUGGAAGGUUAAUGCCGUAUAUAUAAGUUAUAUCAUUUUUGUGGAUUGAUAUCCUUUUAAGUUUUUUUUCUUAGUAUCAUGCUAUUUAUGUUGUUGUUGUACAUAAUACGUCGAGAGCUCUUACAAUGAAUAGUGUUGAAAUAACUUUUUAUGCAGCUUUUUAGAUUGUAACAGUCGGGGUUUCCAUACGUGCUAAUUACUCUAUUGCGAACCUGCGUCAACGGGUUCCUGAAACCAUCAGUUCAUAUGAGAGCACACACUUCCAUACUUUUACACGUUGUAACUAGCUUUAGUUAAUAAUGAACAGUCUAGC